CAAAAUAAGUAUUCAACAGUUCGCAUUGCAGAUACGACGUGCACGAGUACUUAUAUUAGCGACUUUCCCCUUCUCCACGGCACCUACGUCUUACAUACCACAGAGCCGUCGCCCGUCUUUCGCUACACAGGACAUAUACGUACAGUGCGUAGGGUAAACACACCGGCAUAACCGCUUCUUGUUUUCCGCCGGACUGCAUCACAAACUCCGAAACUCUGUUCCGACAACUUUGAGCCUCGCUAGUCAUCCAUCAACGUCGAAGAUACAGCAUCAGGUAUUUUCGCGCAUACAUCAAAUACUUGCGAAUCUCACUCUGUUUACUCGGAAGUAAGUAUCCCCUGCGGUUCACAUCACAGGCGUAAAACUUCGUUGACUUCCCCAAGUUACGGUGGUUCUGGCAAAAAAGUUGCCCACCUAGCAACAGAGACGGCCAUCGGCGAAAUGUACAUAAUGACGGAGCGUUUGGAUUUGGUCAUUUUUGGAGCAACUGGUUUUACAGGAAAAUAUAUUGUGCGAGAAGCUGAGCGCUUGGCUAAAGAUAAACAUUUUACUUGGGGAGUUGCUGGUCGCCGCAAGGAUGCUCUGGAAGCAGUUUUAAAAGAAUUUGCUCCAGAAUCAGAAAAUAUAAAAAUCAUAAUAGCAGACUUGAAGGAUGAGGAGUCACUUAAGAAAAUGGCUGAACAAGCCAAAGUCAUUGUAAACUGUUGUGGUCCGUAUAGAUUUUAUGGUGAGCCUGUUAUCAAAGCAUGCAUUGCAGCCCAAACACAUCAUGUUGAUGUCAGUGGAGAGCCACAAUACAUGGAAAAAAUGCAAUUGGAAUACAACAAAAAAGCACAAGAUGCAGGAGUAUACAUCAUAAGUGCUUGCGGAUUUGACAGUAUCCCAGCUGACUUGGGUUUAAUUUUUACUCAAAAUAAAUUCGAGGGCGAUGUCAACAGUGUUGAAACUUAUUUAAACUUUUGGUCAAAAUCCAAUGUUGGAGGAGCACUUUUGCAUUAUGGUACUUGGGAAUCAGCAGUUUAUGGAUUACAUCAUGCAAAUGAACUACGAGGUCUCCGUUCAAAACUAUUCCCUGAAAAGCUUCCAGAAUUGAAACCCAAGUUAAAAACAAAAGGUGUUGUACAUCGCAGUGCCAUUUCAGAAGGCUGGUCUGUCGUUUUCCCAGGCGCUGAUCGCUCCGUUUGUCUUAGGUCUCAAAGAUUUUUAUUCCAGAAGUAUAAGCAAAGACCUGUACAAGUACAAGCUUAUGUGACUUUUAAAUCACUAUUUCAAGUAAUUCAAACUGUUCUUGUUGGAAGUAUAUUCACGUUGUUAACAAAGACUCAGUUUGGAUGUAAUCUACUUUUGAAGUAUCCCAAAUUCUUCUCUGGUGGUAUGGCCAGUCACGAAGGUCCAAAGCCAGAGCUGAUGGAAAACAGUCAUUUCUCAGUGACACUUUUUGCAAAAGGAUGGACAGACAAAUUAUCAGAACCAACUGAUCAACACAAAGAUGCACCCAAUAAAGAAAUGAUAACUAAAGUUACUGGUACAAAUCCUGGAUAUGGUGCUACUUGUACCUCGGUUUUACUUUCUGCCCUUACGAUUCUCAAGGAAUCUGAUAAAAUGCCUGAUAACGGUGGUGUUCUUCCUCCUGGCGCUGCCUUAGGGAAAACAUCGAUGAUCGACGAGUUGGCUAAGAAUGGCUUCAAAUUUGAAGUUAUCUCAUCAAUUGAGAAGUAAGGAACGCUGUCAGCAAAAUUUAUCAUCACGCAUUUUCAUAAAAAUGCUGAAUUUGGAGAAGAAACAUAUUUGUAACAAAUAUAACUUCGGAACCAUUACAUUGCAUUGAAAUAUUCACUGAUAGUUAUUUCAUUAAUUAUAAGAAUACAAUAAUUUGUCACGCGUAUUAAAAGAAAGAAAAUUAUCAACAUGAAUCAAUUAUUAUUUUUCUGGUAUCAGGCACUAAAGCCAACACUGUACGAAAAAUUGUAAUUGAUUUUUGCAGAUCAGAAUGUUGCUUUCGAUACAUAUAAAUGAUGAUUAUUAAUAUUGAUCUUAAUAUUACAUCACAAAUAUUUGACUUCUAUAACUAAAAUUAUUAUAUUUUUGGCAUUCAUACUGAAACUUGUCUCGAUGUACUGUGAAACGCUUCCGGUAACUGUUUAUAAUCUUAAGCUAUUAUAUAUGAUUUCACAUUGAAUAUAUGAAUUUCAGUGAAAAUCUGAUGGUUCUGAAAUCAAGUAAUUUCAAAAUGCUCUCCAAAUUGUGAUAACAUCGAAUCAGCUGAUCUACAGUACAAUCAUACGAAAUAUUUUCUUACGAAAGUAGAAGGUGCUCUAUAUUUGUUUAAGCGAUUAAAAAAAGGAUAUCCUACGUGUAGGAUUGAAAGCGAAUAUCAUUGAAUUAUAUUUACUAUUUUUUUUAUAUGCUUUAAAAUGUGACUAUAAGAAUAUAUGUAGAUAUAUAUUUCAUCCAUCAUAUUUUUCGUUUACGAUUCGAAAAAUUAGACUGAUUUCGUGAAACGAUAUUUUUGAAUGCUUAUAAUUAGGUUGUAAGGUUACCAAUAAAGGUUCGGAGUUAAGGUUAUUAAUCGAAUGAAAAUGCGUUAUAACAGCAUUUAUAGCUUUAUACUUGAACACCAUAUCGCAUUGCGUAACGACACUGUAGAGCAGUGACACGUUUUUACCUCCGAAUACCACUCGAUAUUUAUAUAUAGAUUCAAUUGUAUGAUUAGUGUUUUUCUAUACUGUUUCAAUAAAAUGCAAAUUGAUUAA